AUGGACAGCGUGCAGACGCCCCAGGGCUCGGUGGCAAUCAGCGGCAGCUCGGCCCGCCGCGGCCCCAACAACACGCUGCGCCUGAAAAAGGCGCCCAACCCGAAGAAGGAGCAGCAAGUGUUCAAAGAAGAGGGCGGUUGCGGGCCGUACGUGCAGAGAAAAUUUGUCGAGCAUUUCAUCCAGCAGGCCAGCUUCUACGCCUUUGUAAAGCCGGAAAAUGCGGAGCGGAGACGCAGUCCGGCCGUGCUGCUGCUGGACGCGACGCGCGUCGUCCUGCGCGACUGGCCCCACGACUUUGUGCACGCCAGCUGGGUGUGCGGGCUUGACGAUGGCCGCUACGAGGAUCAGACCGAGUGGAAGGCCAAGCAAAAGAAAUACAUCGCCGCCCAGGCGCCCCACACGCCCGCCGUCGCCGCCGACUUUUGGCACAUGUGCGCCCAGGAGGGCGUCGAGGGCGUGGUGCUGCUUGGCGAGGAGGACGCCAAGGCCGUGAUGACGGCGCCGAAAUGCGGCGACUACAACGUGAAGGUGGAGCAGAAGUCGGAGCAGCGCGGCUUCACCGUCCACUCGGUGCAGCUGGCCGGCAAGAUCAAGCACUCGCUGACGCUCUUCUGCCUGGCAGCCUGGUCGGUGGACGAGAAGCCGCCGGUCGAGACGUUCGCCAAGUUUCGGCAAGCGAUCUGGGCCGGGGUGAGUGGCAAGAAGCCGAUCGUCGUCACCUGCAAGUUUGGCACCUACCGCACCGGCCUCUUCCUCAUCUACGACAUCGAGACGGAGCGUAUCGAGAAGCAGAAAAAGCUCGACCUCGACGGCACCGUCAAAGAUCUGCGCAUGCAGCGCCACCACGUGUUCGACGAGUACUCGGCCUACGAGGUGGCCAUCGACAUGUUCCUCGACGUGUGCAAGGGCCAGUCGAAA